UUCGAACGACUUGGACGCAAUAGACGGCUUUCAACCCUUUCAACUAUCAAAUAUCAAAUUUUGCAUUUUAUUGAGGAUUUUCUCGUAAUUAUCUGAUAUAUUGGAGGACAAACGAAAAGUUCAGAAUGACAACACUCGAGGAUAAAUCUAUUUGGGAGAAUACUGAGGAAAGCCUUGGUGAAGACAUUCUCCGAAUGUCGACGGACGAAAUCGUUCCUCGUACUCGUCUCCUGGACAAUGAGAUAAAAAUAAUGAAGAGCGAGGUGAUGCGUAUAUCCCAUGAGCUCCAAGCUCAGAACGAUAAAAUAAAAGAGAACACGGAGAAGAUAAAAGUGAACAAAACCUUGCCGUACCUAGUAUCCAAUGUUAUCGAGCUGCUCGACGUGGAUCCCCAGGACAUGGGCGAAGAGGAUGGAGCUGUGGUCGACCUGGACUCUCAACGGAAGGGAAAAUGUGCAGUAAUAAAGACCUCCACUCGUCAGACUUAUUUUCUACCAGCAAUUGGUUUGGUUGAUCCCGAUACUCUCAAACCCGGAGACCUAGUUGGUGUCAACAAAGACAGUUAUCUCGUCCUGGAGACCCUUCCAGCAGAGUACGACGCCAGAGUGAAGGCUAUGGAAGUGGAUGAGAGGCCAACCGAGCAAUAUUCAGACAUUGGAGGAUUGGAUAAACAGAUUCAAGAGUUGAUUGAGGCUGUUGUGCUGCCCAUGACUCACAAAGAGAAGUUUGAAAAUCUAGGUAUCCAACCCCCCAAGGGUGUUCUUCUCUACGGACCACCUGGCACUGGCAAGACCCUUUUAGCCAGGGCCUGCGCUGCCCAAACCAAAUCAACUUUCCUUAAGCUCGCUGGACCCCAACUCGUCCAGAUGUUCAUUGGAGAUGGAGCUAAACUAGUUCGUGAUGCUUUCUCAUUGGCCAAGGAGAAGGCACCUGCCAUUAUCUUCAUUGACGAACUCGAUGCCAUUGGCACCAAGAGAUUUGACUCUGAGAAGGCCGGCGAUCGAGAGGUUCAGCGCACUAUGCUGGAGCUGCUUAAUCAGUUGGAUGGCUUCAGCUCAACUGCUGACAUCAAGGUCAUCGCAGCCACCAACAGGGUCGAUAUUCUUGAUCCGGCGCUGCUGCGGUCUGGACGUCUCGACAGGAAAAUUGAGUUUCCUCAUCCCAAUGAAGAGGCCAGGGCCAGAAUCAUGCAGAUACACUCGAGAAAAAUGAACAUGUCACCCGAUGUCAACUUUGAAGAACUUUCCAGGUCCACUGAUGACUUCAAUGGAGCACAGUGUAAAGCUGUUUGUGUUGAGGCUGGUAUGAUUGCUCUGAGACGCAAUGCAACUGCUGUUACUCACGAAGAUUUAAUGGAGGCCAUCAAUGAGGUGCAAGCAAAGAAAAAAGCAAAUCUCAAUUAUUACGCUUAAACAUGUUGUAUUUUUCAAUGUAAUUUAUUAGGUUUUUCAUACGAAUUAAUGAAUUGUAUUUCACACUCAUACAUCCUCAAUACAAGUAAAUAAAUACCCACUUUAGUUGGAAACAAUGAGUGAAAA